AUGGAAACCUUACGGCGAAUCGGGAGGACAUGCCACGAAAUGUGUGCUCCGGACCAGAGCUGCAUUCAGUACUGGCUUUUGCCGGAAAGAGCUCCGGAGUGGUACCGCAAACUGGUUUUGGGAACUGGCGGAAGGGACGUGCAUUCGCAACCACCGCCGAAGGACUCUUUACCACUGCUAGGCCACCUUGACCUCACCGUGCCAAAACUAGUGGAUGCAAAGGACUACUGGAUCAGUGGUCUAGGAGCCGUUGAGAACUACAAAGAAUCCGUGGGUGAGCUUUGGGCACACCUAGGACCCUCGCAGAUUCGUAUGAGCGAGGGCAGCAUUCGCAAGUGGCCUGGAGAGAUUCGAAUCUGGGUGGAGGACAUUCGAACGGUUGCCGACAUGCUCAACAUGCUGGGACGCAGCCUGGACGCGAAACUGGUCGCUGAGAUGCGAGAAGCCACUACCGGCGGCGAAUAUGCGGCGCUGCUGCAUGACCCUGGCCAUGUCAACAAGGUCCAAGCCAGCGAGGCACCUUCGGGUUGGGCGGAAGCGAUUCGGGCCAUUCCAUCUGGGCUGAGCGGCGAGGUCCGCAAGAAGAACGCCCUGGCUCUGUCCGAAGCGGUAGUUUUGCUGCCAAAGCGAGAACAGAUCCAAGGUGUCGCGCGCUUCUACGACCACUUCAUUGGCUCGGCCAUCACGAAGAAGUAUCAGGUCUACGAGGCACAGGCAUUGAUGGACAUUUGCAUGGUGCACUUUGCGCCGGGUCCGAAGCUGCACCAGACAUUGACCUACAAGGCAGACAAGACAGCCGUGGUUCCGAGCAGCCUGGCUUCCGUUUGCAUUUAUUUGAAGGACCACGUGCAGUUCCACUUGGUAUACGCCAAGUGCAAGGCUGCAGGGAUCCUGAGACCAGACGAUGCAAAGAAAAGCUGGGAAGAGGUCGAGUCUGCGCACGAGUACACGAUUGAAGGCGUUCUCGACCCUCAGAGCCAUUCCAUGGUCAUCGCCUUGCACCAUGUGAUUAGAACUCUGGAACACCCCGAAUGCCCUCCGUGCCAAGGACUUUCUGCGACCUGUGUCUUGCGAGAGCACCAGGCACAGGCGGAGGCUGCAAGAGGUCCAUGGAUCUACACGACCGCCGCUCCAAAUUAUACGAAGGCCCUGAUGCGUCACGUGGAUCCCGGGGGCCGUGUCUUUGCGAUGCGUGUCCUGACCAGGGAGAAGUGCAAGCCAUGUGCCAUUCCAGGAUUCCUCCUCAAGGAAAUGUCUCAGAUCCCGUCGAAACAUGACGCGGAUGAUGCGACGGAACAGCAGCUUCUUCAACGCCGAGUUCUAGUUGACAACAGCCCGGUGUCCUGUGUUCUGCAUCCCAGCGGAUCUGUCUUGGUCCGUGACUGGUUGGGUGAGGGCGCCGAAGACGACGAGUUGCCUCGCGUGCAGCGCCUGCUGGAGGCCGUCCUUGAAGAUGACGGCGAGAGUGAGGCUGACUAUGCCGCCCGUUUGGUUCGACAUACAGCCGGGCACGGCAGCUGGAGUGCACGUUUGAAGGCACUGAGUGGCCUUCUCGAGUCGCAGGCCCCAAUGGAGGCAGACGAACUGCGCACAAUGUUUCGCCGAAUCUCCAACGAGUGCAACGAUAUGAAGCGUGAGCUUCUGGGUGCAGCACCGUGA